UGGCUGUCCCCACACUCAACUGGCUUCCUGUCUGUGACUGUCAGGGAACAGCGAGACACAGGAAUAUCUCAGAUCCAUGAUCAAAAGGACAUGUUACCUGUGAGAGUGACAGCAAAAAUUACAGCAGAAGCCAGAAAUGUGAAGGGAAUCUUACCCCUGAUGAUCCUAAUGGCGAUCAUUUUUUUGCUGAUUCUGUUCUGGGAAAAUGAGAUGAAUGACGAAAUAGGGCCGCCCACCAUAGAGCACUUGCAUGUGGACUACCCCCAGAAUGGCCAUCUUGAGAGGUACUGCAACCAUAUGAUCAUACAAAGAGUCAUCAGGGAACCUGACCACGCGUGCAAAAAGAAGCAUGUCUUCAUCCACGAGAGGCCUCGAAAAAUCAAUAGUAUUUGCACUUCUCCCAAGAAGAUGGCUUGCAGAAACCAUUCCUCCGUGUUCUGCUUCCAGAGUGAGACAAAGUUCAGGAUGACAAUCUGUCAGCUCCUCGAAGGCUCCAGAUAUCCUGCCUGCAGAAGAAAUUGUGCUAGAUCUGAGAUGGAGACCUUCCUUCUGCUGCUGCUUGGCCUGGGCUUGAUACUUGAGGGCGCUUCGGAAAGUAUAAAGGAAUUUAUUAAAGAAGAAUUUACAGAGGAAGCAAGGAAAUAUGACACGGCAAGAAGUAACCAAGGAAAACAGACUGUUGAGGUAUUAAUGAGCUUGACCCUGUUAGAUAAAAACGUUAGCCUCAGCACGUCCAAGAAUGUUGAGUCUUCUUCACCAUUGACAUUCAGAAGGUUACAUUACAGCGUCCUCCAAGAAAACAGUCCAGGACGCGACAAAGAGUGUUGCAAUGAUGUGCUGGUCUGGAGAAAAGAUUCAGAAGCCAAUGGCUCCUGCAAGUUGAGCAAUGACUUUAUCCCUGGCUCUGUGGAGGUAGUGCACAGGAUCUACAAGGCUUCCGGCUGCAAGUGUGAACGGAAUGUCGGUAGAAGCUGCUGUGAGAGCCCAGAACUGGAUACUAGUAUGUUCCAUCUCACCACAGGCAAACAAUCCCCCAGGUGCCAAUAUCGCAGUGUUACAUCACUCAAGAAAGCGUUGACCGUGCUGACAGGCCAUUCUCUGAUGAGCUGGUUAGUUAGUGGCACCAAAUUGUAAAUGCCACAGGGCUUUGAGAUGAGGGCCUAUCCAAAGGGCAUAUUCAUGCUCAUUAUUGUUUCUUUCCUCCUAUUAUCCACAUCUACCCUUCAGCACUCGAAUGAGCUCCUGAUUAUUUAUGUUAACUGAAGAAGUAAACAAUUCAAACUUGUGGCUAAUUCAUUUAAAAUUUAGAAUGGAUCUCCCCCCCCACACACACACUCUCUCUCUCUCUCUCUCACACACACACACACACACGCACACACACACUUCUUCGGAGCCAAGCUGAACUUCAUCCUAGCUCAGCUAUAAAGCCACAAAACUGGGUCCAUCGAACUGGGCAGAAUCAAGGAGAUAACACUGCAAGUGUUGCCGAUGAGAUGAUUCGGAAACAGUGAAUGAGUGUGGGAGAUAUUAUGAUCAGUGCUUCUUUUCAAAGAAAUGUGUGCAUUGAUGUGUGCACACGAGUGUGAGCACCUGCCCACAGAACCCAGUGUCUGCCUGUCCUCCCGGAGUUGUCAGGACUCAAAAAGAUCCUUCAACUUCACUGCUGCUCCAGGUCAACAUCAACGGUCUCAGCCCUCUGCACUGUCUAUCCCUCCACUUCAUUUCUGUUUCUCAGGAUAUUGCAAAGAGAAGAAAACAUUUCUUAGAGUAAUUUUUACUCAAGCAAAGUCUUAGUACCCUGGGGCUAUAGGAGAGGAAUGACAAGCUACAGAGAACAGAAGAGUCAGUAGAAAAAUGGGGCCGGUAGGUGGUAUGGUGGUUGGGGACACUGGACUCCCACAUGAUUGACCAUGGUUCAAGUC